UAAAAGCUAAGGAACUGUUCCAGGAUAAUUAGCUGGGUGCCAGAGAGGCAGUAAAUAAUUGAGGGUGGAAAACAAUCACCACCAUGUUUUAAAUUAUGCAUGCUUUAAAGUAUGGUUGUAAAUAUUUUAGAGAUAAUUUUAUGUAAUAAUAUUUUUUGUAACCUGCUUUGAGGUUUUCUACGAUCAAAUGGUAUAUAAAUUUUAUGAAAUAAAGGAAUGAAUGAAUAAUUUGGUUAAACCCUUCUAAGACUGUGUUACUACAGAAUGCAGGCUGAGGACUGCAUGUCUGAAUGUGUUCCAUCAAAAACUCACUGUGCACAUGAGCUAACCUACCAGGGAUGCAGGGGAGCAUUUUGGCAUGCUAUUUCCUACCUGCAUUCGGGCACUGUCCUAAGGGGGUUGCACCAUGAUGCUUUUCUGAAUGUGUAGACCCUCUCUUAGAAACCUAGCAUCCACUUCUGAUCCCACCCUCAAAUAUGUUAAGCUGUUCCCUCUCCUUUGCAUGUGUGUCUGAAGUAACUACUUCCCACAAACAAGGCAGGCUUUCUGGGCUCACAGGAAAAGUUAUUUGGGCACACCCAGUCAUGUCAUAGUCAAUGGUGCAAUACAAGCCACAAUUACUCUAUGAGCAGAGUAAUAUUUUGUUAAUGCCAAAUUUGGAACAGUUGUUUCAAUUGUCUUCAAAAACUGAUAGCAGAAUGUAUUUUCUAAAAGUUAACUUUCAGUAAACACUUAAGUGUUCAAUUUUGCAAUCCAAUACUUGUACACCUCAUUUUGACCCAGUCACCAAAAAAUGCAACAACACUCACAAUUGAGGGCACUGGAGAAAGUUCAAGUUAGAUGCAGAUUUUUGCAAGAAAAUCUGAAUGAGAAUUUGUUUGAGGUCUAUUUCCCAACAAAUUAAUUCCAGCCUCUGAAGGCAUCAGACAAAACCAAUACAUAACAAUAACUAUUUAAGGUAAUAAGUAUAUCAGAGCAGUGUUAGAAAGCAAGGAGCCAUGUGGCUCCUGGGUAGUGGGAGCCAAAAAAUGUCUGUGUGCCUUUUUUCUUUUUUUUCUUUUUGCUGCCACACUACUCCGCAGACCAGGUGAUUUGUCUAACAGCAAAUAUUAAUAAUUGUAUAUAGAGAUAGAGACAGUUGCUGCUGGGUGAAUCACCUGAUGUCUUUUGCUGCCGCGGUGCCCAGCAGAGCAGCUGACUGCAGCCAGGCAAGUGGAGGUGCUAAGUGCACAGCUCCAUCCAGUUGCAAAAUGCACUUAGUGUCUGGUAAUUUCGAACGCUGAAUCAGAGUCCACAAUAAUCUCUGAAUCAGGCAAACUAUGAUUACUACAAACCCUGGCUCACCACCCUACUAGAACUGAAAACUGUUUUAAAAUGGAUUUUUAUUUCUGGUAUACAGGCAGAUUGUGUUCUUUAUGACAAACUCUGGUUCCUCCAAACCGGGAAAUGGAGGAGGGAAAAGGAGGGAGUCCACAACAUGCUCCCCCAAACCAAGGUGUAGUUUGGCCAGCAGUUUUGAAGUGGUCCUCAUGAGCAGCUACCCCACUUUUGGAAGAUCAGAAAGCAAUGGCACAUUCCAGUGCAAUGAGGUCAUUGUAUCCUAACAGACAGUUGACAGUCACCCCCUUCCCUCCAAGCAGCUGUUGGUUCCUUUUAGUUUCUGCAAGAAAGUUCCAAUCAUGUGAACAUCAAAUCCACGCCCAACUUACCUUAUCAAAGCAAUGUCGUCAAUGAGCCCACCUCUCCCAUUGUACACGCUGGUUGCUUUUAUUCCAAGCUUAUUACUGGCUACAGACAGCAAAUCAGACAGUGUCCCAUAAACAGCCACAACCUAUAAAAAGAGAAGGUGAGUAUUUAGCCCAACAGUGGUUAAUGUUUUAGGGCCCCCACUUUUGUUUUAUGAACCUAAAUUCCCUGUCCAACCUGAAUAGCAGACAUAGAUGCGGAAAUGCCAGAAACCUCAACACCAUUUGAAUUACGGCACAUUCAAAUGCAGUUGUCAUGUGUUUUCAUUCAGCUAAAGCAGAGGUUCAUAACUCAAACAAGAUCUUGAAUAGUCAGCAGCUUCACAAAACACAAGCUACAGGUGCAUGGGGUUCCAGUGAAUGAAAAGGGGGGAAAGAUGCUUUGCCCCAAACACACACAGUUUGUUAUUUAUGGUUCCUGUACUUGUUCCUAAUCAGAGCUCGGCUGCCUGUUGUUGAUUAUGAGCAGAAACAGCAACAGGAAGAGCACCUGCUAAAUUUAUGCUUAAUGCUGCUAUUUCUACUCUGUCCCUCUGUGGAUGUAUGACGGCCAGUACUGUAAAUGAAAGCCAGCAAAGUGGCUUUUCUGGAAAAUUUUGAAUUAGAAAGCUUUUUAGACUUUCCCACCCAAAACCCUAAAAUAGACCAGGUUUUCCAUGACUGUCUUCAGUUUAGUCAACAAAACAGUGUGUGCCAUUGUAGGUUUUAACAUGUCAAAAGUCACCUGAGCCUCUGCUCAAUAGCCAAACUUUCUGCACUACUUAAGACAAAACAACAAAAACAAAGUCUGCUUUGUAUUAUAGUACUGACAUUACCGUAUUUCAAAAAGUAAAAGCCAGGACAAACAGCUUUUUUUAGGAAGACAUUUGUAAAUGUUUCCAGAUACAACUCAAUAGUGUACACUUCCUUAUACAGUAUUAAAAACAUUAAACAAAAAGAAUGAAGGCACUGCAUACUAAUUUUAGCUUACUAAGAGAGCAAGAGUUUUAUGCAUGUGAUUUUCUUGGGUAUAGUUGCCUGCAAAAAAAGUUACAACUUCAAAACUGACUGAUCUGAUUCACAUGACAUGGUCAGUCGAACUAUGCCUUUGCCAGACCAUGCAAGCAAGUGGGCUCAGAGAAAAGCUCACAGCUGCUUUGCUCCCCCCUGGUCCUUUCUACUGCCAAGCCAUGCUUAGCUAAGUCAAGGUUUGGCUGAGCAUGCCAUCUUAACUGUGACUUGUGGUUUAGCUCUCUCCCCUUACAAACCAUGAGACACAGUCAAGGUUCAUUUUUACUGUAUUUACUAGUUUCACACACAACUACUUCAAAUAACAAUUUCCGCCCUGUAUGACUCAUCUGCUCCAUCUCUAAACUUGUUCAGUAUUUCCAAAGGCAAUAAAUAAAACCAUUUUUGGAAUGCCAUGUUUACCUAUGUUUCACUAAAUUCCAAAGCCACCUAGAGCUUUUAACGGCUAUGUCUACAGCUAAUGGCUAUGUCUUCAGAACCAAUUUACAUGUACAGUUAUCAAGGAUUUUUUUUAAAAGAACAGGUUUCAGAGACAAACAAACCUCUGAGUGAAAUUUACUAACAUGAAAAAAAGAAAACUGGAAAAUUCAGCUGUUUGCAUACAUCCAGUUCAGAAAGGAUGGCGGUAAUUACUGGAAGGAUGUCAUGUUAUUAGUGUUAUUUUUAAUUAUGAUGGGCAAUAAGCUACUCAACCUUUUGUUUUGGACACAACUUGCAACCCAUCACCAUACUUGGGGGUAAUGUAGAAAUCCCUGCCCUCCACCCAGAAUCGCUACUGAAGGAAGCCCUGUUUAGGGAAGUUUUUAAUGUUUGAUGUUUUAUCGUGUUUUUAAUAUUCUGUUGGGAGCUGCCCAGAGUGGCUGGGGGAACCCAGCCAGAUGGGUGGGGUCUAAAUAAUAAAUUAUUAUAUAUUAAGCUGUUGCUAAUUUCUGACUCACUCUUGGGUACCAGGUGAAACCUUUUUGCUUUAGGGCAGAAGUUUUCAACCAACCAAGUUCUUUCUGUGGCACAUCUUGCCUGCACAGCUGGCAGCCUCUCACCCAUUUUUGAACACCCUCCUUUGUGGAGUGUUUCCUCAGCCUCCUCUCCUUGAGAGUCCUCCGGUCAGCUGCUGCUGCCACCCCUGGUCUCUGGGCUGCCCCCAAAGGGAGGUGCUUGUAGCCACGGCUGCUGCAACAAACAGCUGUGCAAGCCUUUGGAGGCAGAGAUGUGAGAGGGUGCAUCUGGCAACAUGGGAGGGGGGCUGCAGGGCUAUCUCCCAAAAGAAGCUCAGCAACUUUGGGUGAUCCCUCCAUUCCAGGUGCUGGUGGGGGUUGCUACACAUCUGUGUGGCCACUGUGCAAAACAGGAUGCUGGACUAGACAGGCCUUUGGUCUGAUCCAGCAGGGCUUUUAUUAGUCUCAAAUCCAACAGCUUCCCUAGGCACUUUCACCUGGUAACGUUACUGCUCUCUUUCCACAACCCAGCAAAGUCUAAUCCGUUCUGCCAGCUUGUUUUUCCAUAGUAAUUAUUAUCUACUUCCUACCCACCCACUCACUCUUUCCUUUGUCUCCCCCACAUAUAUUUAUUGCAUUUAUUUUAUUUGGAUAUCCCUUAAAUAAUAAAAUUCUCAAAACAAUUUACAUAAAUUUGUGUAUGUGUAUAUUAUAUAUUUAUGUGUAUAUUAUCAAUAAAAUCAAAUGUCAAGAACAAGGUAGCCUAAUUCUUUUCAAAAUAAGAUUCAGAGUUUUAAAAAUAUACACUAUAAAAUAAAAUUACAUUCUAAUACAUGUGUGCCUUGCUUUAACAAAUACUCAUUUUACGUAUUUGGGUCAAACAGAGUUGUUGCCAGUUUUCCAAGCUGAUCAAUCUUGGGUGAUUGAUUUUAUCGAAUAUAAUUACAUGAUUAUUUUCAUUUAAAUCAGUAAAUAUAUAUGGUGAGCCUUCUUGCUUUAAGGCUUUUAUAGUUAAAUAGGCAGGGCAUAAAUUCCUUAACUUUUUUUUAAAAAAGGAUUUACAGUACUUAUUCCGUGUGACAUUCUAAGAAAGAGGAUCACCAAGAUGUCUUCUCAGAAGUGGCACUGCUGGAAUCUACCUGCUCAGUGACCUCUAUUAUUAUUUUUUAAUAAAUAAAUGCUACUGUUCAGUAUAAUUUUAAUCUGUGUAUAUUAUCUUGGGGCAGGGCGGGGAUUAAAUUCGCCCUAGAAACGUUUCUAAAGGAUGCCAUAUAAAUCAGGUGACUAAAAUUGAAAGUCUACAUAGAAGUGAGUCCCAAUGGGGCUUACUCCCAGGUAAACUGGUAUAGGACAGCAGGGAAAGGGGGGAGGGGACCCCAAACCCGUAGACUUCUAAUCAGACCUUGAGAUCUAGCAACUUCACUGCCUGUUUUCGAUUGUAAGCUGCUUGGGAGCAGAGACUUGGCUCUGUCGCUUCACGUGCCUCUUGCCCUGCUUUGUAUCAUGACUGGGAUGGUGGAAAUUAAAGUCAAUCUCCUCACGAUUCAAGCCCCUUCUCACCAAAGCGCCCCUCACUCACCUUUCCAUUCCUGGGGCUGCCAUUGACAAACAGGGUGACUCUCUUCAUCGCCUCCCCCACCCCGGAGGGACUGAGGCGCCUGAAGCCGCGCCCGGGACUUCUUGCCAGCCGAGCGACAAACCCGGAAGCAGCGCUUCUCCAACUGGCACGCCCACCCACCAAUCCACGCCACUCAUUCUGAAUUUUUUCCCCUGUCUUCCCCUUCUUUCAUCCAAUGGGAACCAAAGCCGACGCGAUGGGCGGAUCUUCUCGUCUGGGCAAAGGCACCCGGCUGCUCUCCUCAGAACGAGCGGGGCGGAGUCUCAAGUAGGAACCUAUCAAAGGCGGGAGAGGACGAGAGGGGCGGGGCACCACGCCCUGAGCAGGAGGCCUCCGGGUUUUUAGCUUUUCAUAUACAGGAGAUGCGAACGUGGCUCCCGAUUGGCAAAGCUAAUACCACGUGGUGUGCAAACACGGCCGUAUCUAGUUUUCCACCAUUAACUUUACUAAACGUUUAAAGCUUCCGCCGCGCGGCAGGAGAGGGGGGCGGAAAAUAGUUCCCGAGAUGCGGCCGGUUUCUGGCCUGCGUGGGCUGAGGAGACCCUCAGACAGCUCCUUACGUCCUCUCGCCUGAGGCUGGAGCGCGGCUGCAACCCGAGACGGAAGAGAAAAGGCGUCGGAGAGUGUGUGGUGACGGCGGAGGGAUACGUGGCUCGCCCUGGUCGUCGGUUUGAAUGGGGCGCGCGAGGCGAGAGCAGGUCGGGCGUUGGGGAGCCGCUGAGGCGCCGCUGAGGCAGCUCGGCCUGCCUCGAACUGGGCAGCAGCUGAGGGGAAGUGGAGGUAAAGGAGCGGGAAAUGCAGGUGCCCCUUAUUAACUCUCCAGUUAAUUAAUCUGGAGUAACGCGUCUCCGCUAUGGUGCCUCAAAUGGAGCUCCUUGAGUAGUUUUGAAUUUUGGCGGGGUGGGGGGAGGGGAGGAAGAUCGAGAUCUACUGGGGUGAUCGGGAUCCACUGGGUGAUUGCAGUAGAUGUGCCAUUCCCAAAUUGUUUCAGUGGCAGCAGCUAAACGAUCCUCCCUACUCCCCACUUUCCGCCCCCUGUUAUAUAGCUACAAGCGAAGGGGGUAACCAGGAGUUUAUUUCUGCGCAGGAGAACUGUGAGACUCCCAACAAACAAAAUUCCCUGGCUCCCGAUUCUUUAAUUCGAAACUGUGGUUGGUGGAUCUCUGGGAUCUGGUCAGAAACAAAAUAGUCCUGAAGUAUUGCUUCUUGGCGGAUACAUGGUAUGUAUAUGUAUAUAUAGUUCUAAUCAGUUUUCCCUUUCUUUCUGGGGGUACUCAGUGGUAUGCAGUACCGGCGCCGUAUUUUCUAGAAGAAAAGCACUGGUUAUGACUGAGGGGAGAUAGGCAGUGUGUCCGAGUCCCCUACUGAUUCCUGGAUCCAGGACGGAUUCAAUUCUAGUUUCCUGGGGAGGUAAUGGCCCUCUCCAGUAUGGUUUAUUAAGGUAACAAAGGAAGUUACUCUUUGCCAGAUAGCAAAUGGGCAGGCCUCCCUACCUCAACUCGCUGGUGGCUAGAAAGAGUAAAGGCCAGAAUUGAGGUGUGUGGGAGGUAGAAGCUAGAAGCAAGGCUUUGAUCUGGGCAGCUGGGACACAACACCAUGCCUGAUUUCUGCUGGAAUCCAAGGCUGAGGCUAUGAGAGAAGCAAGACCCUCUCAGGGUGUUAACGCUAUCAGCCCCUCCAUUGGAGGCUCAGGUUGUAUAUACAGUACAGGCAUCAAACAUUUUAGGCACAUCCAACUGAGGCAUGAUUGCUGAUGGGUGAGUCCGUUUGGACCUAGAAGGCGGCAGAACGGGGCAGGGGACACUGUUCUGGGCUCCACUUAUAUGCACACUGUUAAUGCACGUGGGUGCUAGGAACAGAACUCAAAUGCAAAAUUGUUGCCGCCUGUGUGCGUAAAUAAACCAUAUAUCCUAAAGACACCACAGUCUUCGCUGUCCCUCAUUCUGAGGAAAUCAAAUCCUGGGUAAGCGCCUGGAAUCUUGCACUACUUGGAGAUUAGGGUGGCAUUCAACAAUGUACUGUUAGAAAAGUUAUGUGCCUCCACCGCAUGAUGGCAAGAGCCCAUGGGUUCUAGGCAUUCACCCAGAGUCUCUGGUCCUAGUUUGAGGCAGAGACUGUUGUAGCUUUAAGAAAUAUGGUUUAUUCACCUAUUUACAUCUUUGGUCUGCAUGAAGGGACUCCAUAUCUUACAGCACAGUCAUUUCAAGAGGGGCUGGUACCCCACAGCAGUGCAGCACCUCUGCAGCCAGCCUGCAUAGAUAUGGAUCCCAGACCUUCUUUCUCCUUCCCAGAACCCCUUGCUACCAAGCUCCCUUUUCCUGUCACCUCUAAACACACAGUUACCCUGGCAACCUUCCAAACCCCUGUCUCUGUUCUUACUUUGUGGGGACGGGACAGUUCUCUUGCAUUUUCAGUGGCCGUGUUUUCUUUCUUAAUGGCCCUAGCUUGGCUAGGUUUUGUCUAGGCUAGCCCAGCAAUUCCUCUUCAGUUUGCAUUUCUCCCUUCACAUCCCAAAUCAUCAAAAUCCUACCAUUUAUUUCUAGGGUUUAGUGGGUGUCCCCCCCCAUCUAUAAUUAUAUUUUUCUGACUAUAUUUUUCCAUUAGCUUAAGUAGAAUUUACUGACAAAGAAACAAAAUUCAAGGGUUGCAGUUAUGUAUUAUAAGCCUUGCAUAGGUUUAUUAUGAACUAAAGCAUUCAGAAAACUCAGUGGGGCUUACUCCCAGGACUGCAGCUUUUAACAGAUGCAUUAGAAGCUGGUUUUCUUUCCACACUUCUUGGGGAUGAAGGGUUAGCAUGUAAUUACUCUGAAGUAAGUACCACAGUAUUCAAAUGGGGUUUGCACCCAGAAAAGUAAGCCUGCAGGUUGCAUCUUCACUCUGAAGUAAAACUUACGGUUGUCAGUGGGAUUUAUUUCUGUGUAAGUAAUAUGCAUGUGGAAUUGUGAUUGUGUGCUUUGAAUGUGUGUUUUAGUUCUGAGCUCUAUGCAUUCAAUGGGGCUUACUCCCAGAGAAGUGUGCAUAUAUUCACAGCUUUAAUUUAUAAAGGCCACUAUUCUUUUCACAUUUGGUUGGGGGGUAAGCCUUAAAUUCUGGACUGACUUUUGAAGAGGCAUGCAUGUAUCUGUAUCCUGAACCCCUACCCACCAGACAAAGAACUCCAGUUCUUGUUCUACCAAAGUCUUUAAUGCUCAGAUCAGAUUGCUACAUAAGGCAAACUACAUUACAAGAUUUAGAGGUAAAUACUAGGUAAGAUACAUGGCUAAGCAUCCAACACAUGGCACACUCACACAUGGCCUUCCUUUUGAAGAGUGGGGCAGGUGCUUGACAAGCAGUUAAGAGUCCUGGGAUUGGGCAAGCAAACAGGCACUUGUUUGGGUUGGGGCACUGAAUGAGGCUUUUCUGCUAGAGACAUCUGUUGUUGUAUCGGGUUCCUCAUCAAGGUCUGAAUCUCAUCCGCCACCCCAGUCUCUGAGCCCUCUCUCACAUCAGACACUAUUUUGAGUCCUCAUUCCAGCAUGGAAUUGGCUAAUAUCUUGCUUUUGUCUCAAAAACAGGAGAGCUCCGGCUUUGCAAUGGUAUCUUGGUGCAGAAGUUGUGGUUUGGAGACAGAAUCCGUGAUCCCAGCAAAGGAAUGAUUUGCAUCACUUAUAAAUCAAAGGCCGUAAAGACUUUUCCAAUGGAAACUCGGAGUAAUAGGAAGGUGCUUUCUGAAUGUUCUAAUGUGCAAACCAACCUACAUUUGGGGCUUGAAAACUGCAUUGACAGUACAAAGAAGGCAGACAGUUGUUCAUCAGAUGCUCUAAUAGUAGACAUGUCUACCAUGUACAGCAAUGCAGGAAGCCAACUGGUAGAGGAUCACCCCACCACCUUGGGGGAUACAGACUAUUUGACACCAAACAAGAGUGGUUUUGAUUCAACUUACGGAAUAUCAAGCAGCUAUGCUUCACCUCCUGUAGACUUUUCUGCUCUUACAGCAGCUGAUUUUGGAAUCACACCAAAGUCAUUUACGAAACAAAAUAAAGGUAAGGAUUGAGGAGGUCAGAAAUAUUUUUAUGCAAUGUUCCUUGUACAUGUAGCAUUCUGAAUCAUUUACACUACAAGAAAUAUGUAAAUGGUAGGCAUGAAUUGUUAGGACAUUGGCCGUCUUCUGGUGGGUCAGGACCCAGUUUUUGCCAUGGCCUGCUCUAAGGUUGGUUGCAACAGCAGCGCUGCUACCAUUCAGUUAUAAGGUAAGAACUUUAAAAAAUUGAUCCAUAAAUGCAUGUCUAGGUUGAAGGAUGGGUACUGGGUCUGAAAAGGUUCAGGUGACAGGCAUUUGUCACAAAAAUUCUUUGGAACUUUGCGUUUAUGCAUGCAUGCACACACAUGCCAGGAGUCUAUAAACAAACUUGUUAUCUCAUGGUGGGCGUCCUUCUCUGCCAUGAUGAGCAUGCUUUUGCUGGGUUCCUAUGUUCUAACAAAUAAUUUGAGCCAAUGUGCUCAAAGAUUCUCUUGCUGCUCUUCUGCACUAAACCUUGGAGCGGGGUCAAGCCCCUUUCCCACUACCAGUUGCAGGUGAUACCUACUCCUGUAAUUGCACUGAAAUUUUCUCCCACAACAGAGUUAUGGAAGUACUCCAAACACAAGGUGAUACCAUAGGAAAGAGCCCUCCCCUUCAGAAAAAGAGCAGUAUCCGUGAUAAUCACAGAUUAAUCUGAGUAAGUGUGCAUGCACACGAAAGCUUAUACCUGAACAAACUUAGUUGGUCUAUAAAGUGCUACUGGACAAUUUUUUUAUUAUUUAUUUCAACAGCGUCAGACCAACAUGGCUACCUACCUGAAUCUAGAAUUACUGGUUUUGUUAUGGCUGCCAAGGCCAGUAAAAAUUUGCAUUUUUUUCUGUAAUGUGUUAUUUUAUCUACUGUUUUUUCAGUAGAGAUAUAAAUAAAGAAAAUUGGGAGUUUUUUGUUUUGUUUUUUGAAAGAGGAUGUAAAGGAGUAAAAUGUUUGCUUACUUGUAAAGAAGGCAGUCUUCAACUUUUAAGCGGCUCUGGAAAUGAAGGUACAGUACACCGGCAUUGUUGCUUCGAAAGACUCGGAGCAGAGGGUCCCAAAGCAGUGGUUUGUGAGCUUUAUACUGGUGACGUGUCUUUGAAGAGACAGUGGCUGUGCUGCUCUAUUGUUAUCUAAGCCUGGGCUUUGCAGUGUAUGUUGUUUCUCUUCCAUAUAGCAAAGCAAUCAGCAUUUCUGUUGUCCUUUCGCUGUAUUUUACCCAGAUACAGAAGGCAGGUAGCCAGUGUUCUUGUCAGGAUUGAUGUCAGUUCUGAGGGCCUUUCCUGUGCUUUCUCUUGCUGUUUGUGCAUGCAUGCCAAGGGUCUGUCCAGGUGUGGAGCCAGUCAGACAAGUGAGGGCUUGACAGACCUUCGUUUCUAUCACAAGUGCUGUCAUUCCCCUCUUAAUACCCGUCACGCUUCCUUUCCUUCCCUCCAUUCUUAAUGUCCCCCACCCUAGAAGUAGAAGCCUCCUUUCCUCCUCAACAGCCUGGAAAUUCUCAAUGUGAGUGGUAUUGUUGAGAGACGCCAGGUAAGUAGGGAUAAAACCAAUGAAGUUUUCCAGGCUGUGUACCGCAAUGCUUGCAAGUAAGUACCAUAUAAAAUACAAACUACCUUUUGAUCUAAGGUGCAUGGGAUCAAGCUUCCGAGACUGCAGCCCUAUGCAUGUCUACCACUGAUUUUGGUUAGGCUUACCUCUGCAUAGAAUCAGGUGCAUGGUGCUCCCUUGAAUGACCACCCCUUGAUGCAAUAGAAGCCAUUCCUCUUCAACACCCCUGACAUGAUAUUGUUGAGAGACACCAAGUAAGAUAGGGAAUUAAAAUUACUGCAACGGGCAGGGGGGGGGCAUGAAUUUAUCUGCCAAGACCUUCAGCAAUUUUUAUGUGAUCUAUGGAACAGAAAGAUGUGGGAACCACUGAUUUGACACUUGCGCUUCCUUCUCUAUUCAUUGAAUGUUCAAUAUAGAUUGCAUUUUGUUUUAGGGGACUCAGAAAACCUGUUAAAAAAAUUUAGACGGCGGUCUACGAUUGGAGUACGGGGUUCUCCAGAAAAUAAUUCUCUUAUCCAAUACAUUGCUCACCAAAAGAGAAUAAAGAAGCAAGAUACUCUGGUAGGUGUGUUGUAAUCUGUAAUGUGGACAUGGAGGCAGUUAAUUGCAGAUGUUUGCAAAGAAUGUACAUCCAUUUCUAAAGUCUGCCUUACAGACUGAAUGGUUGUGAAGUAGAUGCUGCCUCUGGGACCAAACAAAGAGGGUGCUGGGUUUUAUAGAGUUUUGAUGGAUGCCCAUAGCAGGGGCCAAAAGCAUAGCUUUGAUAAUCAGCUCAAACUUUUGCUCAGCACCCAUCCUGCCUCUGCCUCGGGCUGGGUUUUGUCUGAUGACAAAUGGGAGUGCCUCCUUCCCAGGUCCAAGUUGAGCUUGGACUCCUCACUGUCACCUUGAGUCUUGGAGGCACUAAUGCAUAGGGAGGGUCAGUGUUCCUGUACGGAAAUCAUGUAUAUUAUUUUUUAAGUAUGUUACUGAAUUGUUGUGGCCUAUGGGUUUAAACAAAGAGAUUUUAAAAAUCUGAGAAUAAAAAGUGACCAUAUCCAGGUCAGAUAUAAUGAAGCACAACAAAAUUAAAUUAUGAUUUGCCUUUCUAAAUUAGUUUUGUUGUGGUUUUUUUUUUUGGAGGGGGUGACAGAGGAAAUUGGGUUAAAUUGCAUGGGUGGUUACAAAUAAGACACACACACCCUUCUUCAGGUGGAAGCCAUAAUUGAAUAACCAUUUCUUAAAAUACUUACAUUCACUUUAAAAAUUAUAAAACAAGUACAAUGAAAACAAUGUGCAAAGUACACUUAAUGUGCAACAUGAUAAAAACCUUUGGAUUGUCAGAACUGGUAAUCAAUGUAGGAAAUAUAAUUUAGGUGCAAUUAAACUUGACAUUUCCUUUAUGAUUGAUAUGGAAGAAAAGCAAGGCUGUUCUGUGAGACAGUCAUUUGUUUUUAUGGUGGAAAUUGUUUGGAUUUUUUUCUGGUAUCUUUGAACAGGCUAGUCCUCUUCAAUGUCGAAACACUUGGCUAAAGGACAAGAUAGCUGCCUUCCAGUUUUCCUUUAAACCACUUGAGGAAUCCAAGGAGAGUGCAAUCCAUAUAACUGGCAGCUGUAAGUAAGGAAAAUCGAAGCUCAGCCUAUAUUAUGUAUAUUUGCUAUUGAACGUAACAAACAAGUCCAAGAAAGCAACUUUUGUUCCGUAAUUCAAACUGAAUACCAUAUUGGCCUGAAUAUAAGCCGCACCUGCAAAUAAGCCGCACCUUAAAAAUUAAAGGGGGGAAAAGAAAAAAAGACAAUACCUGAAUAUAAGCUGCUCCCUUAAAAUUGGGUUACAGGCUGAAAAUCACUGUGGUUGGUAUACAGUGGUACCUCGGGUUACAUACGCUUCAGGUUACAGACUCUGCUAACCCAGAAAUAGUGCUUCAGGUUAAGAAAUUUGCUUCAGGAUGAGAACAGAAAUCGUGCUCCGGCGGCAUGGCAGCAGCAGGAGGCCCCAUUAGCUAAAGUGGUGCUUCAGGUUAAGAACAGUUUCAGGUUAAGAACGGACCUCCGGAACGAAUUAAGUACUUAGCCCGAGGUACCACUGUAAUUGUAACUCCAAGCCAAUUUAAGCCUUUGAUCUUGCAAGCCUGCAAAAGUUACUGUACAGUCACUAAAAUCGCAAAUUGCUCUUCAAUUGCUAUAAUUUCACAGGCGCUUACACCCGUAAAUGGCAAAUGAACAGUAUCAAGCUCACAAAUCGGCAAUAAAACAUUGCUUCCCCCCCCUUUUUACCGUAUGUGUUUCAGCAGCGAUAUCAUAAAAGCCAAUUUUUGUAAGGUCACAAAUUUAAGUCACACUUUAGCUUUUCAUGGUCGGAAUUUGGAAAAAAAAAUGAGGUUUAUAUUCAGGCUAAUAUGGUACUUUUUAGAUAGUUUUCAGUAGGAUGUAUCUAGUGUCUUCAUCAAUAUUUUAUCUCAUCUGCUUGAAAUAACUGCCAGAAAUCUUGUAAACCACUUUGGGAGGUUACUGUACUUUUUCAUUUAUAAGACUAGGGUUUUUUAUGUUAAUGUUUAAAAAUUGGGGUCAUCUUAUACACAGAUAGUGCUGAGUGUAUUUUCUUAAUUUUGAGUCCCCAAGAAUAGGGGGCAUCUUAUACACGGGAGCGUGUUAUACACAGAAAAAUAUGAUAUAUACCUGGAAAACAGUAAAGAAAUGCUUUUAAAUAAAUAAUAUAAAUGAAUUAAAUGCAGCUAUGAAAACUGAAACAAGUCUUCAUGAGCAAUCUAAAGUGGGCCUAUCAGAAUGUAAGGAUUUUGAGGAAAAUCGACACUGGAAAUCUGUCAGUAGAGGAAGAACCCCAGCUGAUAUUCAAGUUGACAGUACUGUAUCUUCAUUACAGAAACAUCUCAUCAGCACUACUGCUGUUUCUAAGGUAUUCUUUCUCUUUCUCUCUGUUUGUGUGUGUGUUGAAACUGGUGACAUUAAAUUCCCUCUCUAGCUAUGUCUCUCGUUCGAAAUAAAUAAAAUUGAAAGCACUCUCAAGAGUCUCAGGCUAUUCACAAUAUUUCCCAUAAAAUACUAGGAAGUAAGUAUUUUCUUUGAACUUCUACUGACAAGAGAAGAAAAUAUUUUGGAGUAGUGUCCAGAUGUUUUUAGAAACAUUUAUCUCUGAAGUUCUUUUUCAACUUGUAUACUGAUAGCUUCAAUUCCAAUUAUCUGAACUUGGAAUUUCUGGUGGGGUGAAAGCCACAAUAUAAACCAGCCAGAAAAAGAUCUUGUUUUCUUCCAAACCAUUCUACCACAAUUUUUCUCAGAGCAGAGAAGAUGAUAGCUGCUUUGUAAAAAUUGCAUUGUCUCUUACCUUCUCAAAGCCAAAGAGAGAGUUUUCUUUGUUUGCUGUGAAGAAGCUUCUGAGACCCUGCAUUUUGGGGAACCUUCUCUGUCUCAUGGGUUUUGCCACUGUAGCAGCUGUAAUCUGUUUCUCUUGUGGACUUUUGCCAGAGAGGAUGAAAAUUCUGCAUUUUUCCUUUUGUGGACUCCACAAAAGCAGCAAGAUCUGGCUCCUCUCCCCUACUGAAGCUAGAUAAAAGGCACAUUAUUCUUCACAGGAGUGGAGGUAAUGAUGCCUUCUCCAUGACUCCUCUUCCAGCUUUUGAUGUGUUUUGCUGAAAACUAGCUCAUGCUUGGACAAAACCAGUGGUUUGGUUGAUGCCUCAGCAGUCUCCAUGGUCUGUGUCCCACCUCCAUUUCACCCCCAUUUUCCUUCUAAGGCAUUUUUUGGUAUGCAUGUAUAAUAAUAAUGAUGAUGAUGAUAAUAAUUUAUUAAUACCCCGCCCAUCUGGCUGAGUUUCCCCAGCCACUCUGGGCGGCUUGUAUCCCAAACUUUUGAAUGUUGUCAGUAUUUGGUCAUCUACAGUGUUUCUCAACCUUUUCCCGACUGUGGCCCCUUUUUUCUUUCCUCUUGAUACCCUUGAGGGGGUCCAGAAAGCAACUCUGCCUCAGGUUACUCCCCAGAACCUCUCCCACAAGUGGGAGGGGCGUUGCCAUUGCCACAGACCAGAACGGGAAGCCUAAUUUUGGUUUCUUAGAAUUCCUAAACAAUGCCAGGUAUGAGGCAUGGUAAACCAAGUUUACACUAUGAGGCUUGUGUAAACUAAGUGAUGUGUCCUUUAAAAAUUGACAUUUCAAAUAUCCCCUGCUGUUCCUAGGUUAUUCCAGUCUUGCAGGCAGAUACUAGGGAAUCUGGAUGCAUCCCUUUAGGAGCAACUCCAGAUAAGUCAAAGGCUGGGUGUGGUGAGUACUAACAUCCAUGUUAUUAAGGCUUUAUUAAAACAAAAAUGUGUAAGUGUUUUCUUUUUGAAUGCGAUGUUUGAAAAUAGAACUAAAAUCGUAACUUUGAUAUAUAUUGUACAAGACAAUAGCAAUAGUGCAGUGGAAGGUUUAAUAGCUUACUUUAAGCUGCCCUGAUCAAUAAUAAUAAUAAUCAUAAUCAUAAAAAAGAAGGGUGGGAUGUAAUUCUUAAAUUGUAAUCUAAAACUGUUAUUUCUGAUCAAAUAUGCAAGUGUAUUAAGCGACGUUCUGAAAGAUAGUAGCGUACCUUACCAGGAAAUGAUGCUUAACAACUAUGCUUAUCAAAUAGAUGGUUUUAUAAAAAUUUUGGGAAGUUCUUGAAAUAUGGAACAAAAAGCCACUGGGGGGGAUGUUUUUACAUAUGAUUCCCAUCUGUUUUGUGAUGGUCUGAUACAGUGUUGGUAGUUGAAAACUAAAAUUAGUCCAGCUAAAAUCAUAAGUCACUAAGUAUUGUUUUCACAUAAAAAAAAUGGUUGUUCUUGAUAAAGUAAAAAUCAGUUAUCUUUCCUUGCUCCCUUGUGCAUGGAAAGAAAGUCUCAUUUAGUUCAGUGACACUUACAUGUAUAGGAUUGCAGGCUUAAUCCUUUAUAACAAAUGCUCACAAUAUUUUAGCAAUAAUGUACAUAGUACAGGAAGGCCUGGAAAAAUCAUUGGCUUAAUGCUGCCACACACCACUUGGAAAGUCUUUCUGGCAAGCAUAGAAUUGGAUCUAUAUCGUCCCCCUGAACCAAAAUCAAACUUGUCAAUUUCACUGCUGUGAAGAAAGAUCCUUUGGUGUGGGUUGGGUAGCCUUUCAUGAAAAUACUACUUCAGUGUUGCUGUUGACUCAAAUGUGAUAUUACUAGAUUUGUAAGAAACAUGCUCUCUUUCCCUCCCGCCCAAUGUUCUAGUAUAUCCUAGAGAGAAUUUUUCACAUGGCCACAUACACAUGUACACAGUAGAAUUAUUGAAUAUAUUUUAGCAAUACAAAUAGUUUGUAGCUUACUCAUCUCCUCCCCACUUUUUUUUUUUUAACUACCUGUGCAGAAUUAAGCAGCAAUGCUACAUCUAAUCAAAGCUGUAAGAAAGUUAGAUUUGCAGAAAAACAGAGCUUGGAAAUAUUUGAUGGAAACAAGCCACCCAUUACCCCCAUACGAAAAGAACAAUUGCCUUCUAAUUCUCUUCAUUCUGCUUUGAAGAAAACGCCAGUAACUACGUUCACAGAAGACAUGAAGGUUGGUUAUAUGACCAUCAUUUGUGUAGUAUAAGCUUUGUGUGUGUAGCAAAAUCAUUAAAAUUGGGAAAACCUAAACAUAUUUGAAAGUCAACAUUUGUUUAGAUUUCAUAAACAGAACAGACCACCUACAAAAACCCAUUCAGCAGCUGAAGAUUGAUAACACUACUCUUUUAUAGGGACAUCUUGAUAAAAGGAUGGAGGAAGGAAGUGAAGUGCUCCCAGAUUGCAAAAACUCUGAAACACUGCAAAUAGGUUUGAAAUGCUUUCUCUCUUCCCACUCCUCUACCAUGAACUCAAACUUAUUCCUAAGUCCUUAGACAUGAAUUGAACUUGGUUGCAUGAAACUAUUUAGGAAUCUGUCAACACAGCUUGAACGUUCAUCUUGUACAAGUAAUAUUACAGAAAGAAGUACCGGACCAAUAGCUGAAAUGAAUAUAUGCAGCAAUGAUCUAGAAUCUGACAUAUUUGACACCUUUUUGUAGAUUGUCCGUUACGUAGACGAAGAGAAGCCAUGUUCAGUGCAUCAGGUUCAAGAGAAAAAAGUUCUAUCAAAAGUCCUGACAAGCAGCCCUCGUCCCAGCCAAACUUUGAUUAUGUUGAUGUAAGUUGGCUUCUCACUUUUUUUUGUGUUGUGCCAUUUUUAUAUAUUUGAAGCAGGAAUGUUCAGAUAUCUGUCUGGAUUAACCCUUCUCUUGCCAUAUCUAGCACUGUACACAUUUGCAUUUUAUUGUAAAGCAUGUUUGUAAUUUUACUUUUGUAUUAUAGGAGCUUCUUCAACAAUCACCUGAUGUAUCCACUUCUGAAUAUGCUGUAAACUCUGAUGUGGAAGGUGAAGUUCUGUUUCUGUAUUCUUACAGUUGAAUUAUUCACCAUUAUGAGUUAAUUCAUGUAUUACACAUUACCACUGCAAUUUAAGAGUUGCCACUCUGUGGUUUUGUGUUGCAGAAUGUUAAAUAUGAACCUCAUGCCAUGUUGCUGGCUCACGGAGAGGAGCAAUACUGUUGUGUGAAGGAAUUAUGUAAUUUGAUAGGUUCGUGAGGUUUCCAUUUACAGAUAUUACUGAUGUGGUGUGGGACACAACUAGGGUGAAGCAUUUUCCACACCAUGACAGUCUUGACAAUGAACGGUAAACUAAAAAACACUGUGAGGCUGCCAGAUUAUUGGGAAUAUCCAACUAAGUCAUACUCAGAAUGGAUCCACUGAAAUUAAUUGAUUUCAUUUGAUCUGCUCUUGAGUCUGAUAAACACUGGAGAUCACCAGUUAGUUCUGACCCACCUAUAUUAAAUGCAACACUUCCUGAGUGUAUAUUACCAUGUUGAUAUAGACUUGGGAUAUUUUCAGUAGAAAAUAAAUGCCUAAGAACAUAGUCCUUGUGUAUAAUAAAUGCAUGAGCACUGGAAGGAUUCUAACGGAAAAGGUUUGAAUUACUGGUUAAAACUUUUGGAAGGAGCCCAUUGCUGCAUAUGCAGCAAGCUAUCAGUGUGGCUGAGCUAUAGUGUCAAGCCUGCAGAUGUAAUUUGAGUCUUGUUCUCAUUUUUAGAAACAAAAAAUAGUUCUCCGGCAUUCCAGGUAACUUCCACUAGAACCACCAGGUCAUCUGCUAAAAGGAAGGUGGGUUUAUUCCUUUAUCAGCACAGAGUUACUCUCUCUUAAGAACUAACAUUGCAGUAAGUGAAUAUAUUGCUUUUUUUAUUAUGUGCUUGAUGAUUGCAUAAUUUGUUGUAUAUCAUACAUCACUCGGGUAUAUUUUAAUGUUGAACAGUUUAGAAAUGUAUACAUAGAGAAAUAUGUGUAAAACACUUUGUUUAGAUUUGAUAUACUCACACCUGUGAAUUUACAGAGAAAUGUUCUUCAGUCCUCCAUCAGCUAUUUUGUACAUGCUAGUUACUUUUAGAAUGUGUAAUAAAUUAAUAUCUCUUGCAUAAUUGAAAAAAACUGGCAGAGAAAAUUAUCAGUGAAAUGAGAAUUUUUUUUAAGUUUUGUAGCUGCCUAAUACUACUUUGCAUUUUUUAAAUACACAUUGCCCUAUGUAAUUUUUGUAGUAUAGCAGCCUCUUGACUUUUUAAAAUUGGUGUUUCCUUCCAGUCUAUCAACAAAGCAGAAGAAAUGGCUCUUAACCCUACAAUAAAACCCCUCCCAAAAUCCACCAAAUUCCAAAAGGCAGGAGCAGCAACGAAAUCGGCUGAAAAGAGAACAGUAAGUUACACAGGUUUAAAACUAACCGCUCCCAUAUGCUUUAAAAAUAGGCUACAGAUUGUUUGUUUUUAAAAACAGACUUUUAAGCCACUUACUGUAAUUGUGUCCUAUAAGCAGCAUUCCGUGCAUUGGUGGAAUCCCAGCCCAGCUGUGAAGGCGUGAACCCAGUGUUUCUCAGUAUUCUCCUACACACACAAAGAAAACAAGAAAAUGUUUUAGCCACUGUGCACUUAGUCACCACUGUCCCCUCUUCUCUCCUGUGCCCUUUCUGAAUGAAAGGGAGGGAAGCUGGUAUCCAAUCAGGAUUAAUGUUGGAAAGGGAGUUUGCUCAGCCUACAUGUGGCCCAGCAAAAAAAUUAGAAGCCUAGUUUCUAGCAGAAUCUUCAAAUGUUAUUGUUCACUUUCCAAGGGUAGUUAUUUAUUUUAUUUUCAGUGUCAUGGUUAUUAAUUAUUUUCAUGGGUGCUGUGUUGUCGACCCUCGUUCAGUGUAGUUGUCACUAGUACACUAAAAGGUAAAGCCCCCCUGACACUUAAGUCCAGUUGCAGACGACUCUAGGGUUGCGGCGCUCAUCUCGCUUUACAGGCUGAGGGAGUUGGCAUUUGUCCUCAGACAGUUUUUCCGGGUCAUGUGGCCAGCAUGACUAAGCUGCUUCUGGCGCAACCAAAUACCAAAACCAGAGCAGCACACGGAAACGUUUACCUUCCCGCCGCUUUCAAACUGCUAGGUUGGCAGGAGCUGGGACAGAGCAAUGGGAGCUCACCCCGUCGCGGGGAUUCAAACUGCCGACCUUCUGAUCGGCAAGCCCAAGAAUCAUGGGUUUAGACCACAGCACCACCCACGUCCCUUAAGGUAAAAGUUAAAGGUGAAUGAUUAUCUGUCAGGAGAAGGAGUGUUCCAUUGUGUCUUCUAAAUAUCACCAGGCUGUCAGAAGCAAGGUUUUUGGAAAGAGGAGAAGAAGGAAAAAGAAGGAAAAAGCAUUGUAUGGGGAGCGACAAACUGUUUCAAAGAAACCUCUCUUGAGCCCAAUUCCGGAGAUGACAGAAGAUUUCUCUUUUAUGUCAUCUUAUCAAAGCACACCAAAGUCAGAAGUUUCUAUCUUCGGUAUGUAAAACUGUUGUUUGCUUUUCUGUUUUCUGUAAUUAGUAGCUGAUUUAGAGUUCAUUUUAAUUAGUUUUGCAUGCUGACAGCAGGGUUUUUUGUUUCUAUCAGCAGGUUCUGAAACGGCUCAGUCUUCUGAAGGUGUCACUUAAAAUCUUCUUAACGGCUAGGCCAAAAAUUACUAGCAGACCUUGACAUUUGAAUCUAAAGUCUCAUUUAGCAUUUAAUAGCCUGGCCGUUUUUUGUGGCAUCAAAGCAGCUAAGUAAGAGGUAGGGUAAGCAGAGAAAUUGGUCAAAGAGAAUAUUUCAGGAGAGAAGUUGGAAGUCUUUUGGAAGACCAAAAAUAAAUCCUACACAAAUUGGCCACUAUUUUACUUUUGGGUCAUUCCAUAUCAAGUGAUCCAACUUUUUUAUCUCAUGUCAUCCAAUUUUCUUAAUAUUUUGUACACUUGUUGAAUGAUCAAAACUAAGUUUACAUCUCAAAAUUUUAUUUUUUAUCUCAUCCUGUUUGUGAGUUAAUGAGGGUUUGAAAUGUCAAAAAAUUGACAACUUUGACCUUAACACAAAACCUUAAAGCUCAGCCCAGAAUUGAGAUACAUCAAAACUAAAAACACCAAUCUCUUCAGAAUUUUGUGGGCUUUAAUAUAAUAUGGAUUGGAUUGGGAUGAUAUGUAACAUGGUGGACUUACUUUAAAUUUUAAAUGUAAAUUACAAAAUUGAAAAUUUUAAAAAGUGAUUUAAAAAUAUGUUUAAAAAGUUCAAAAAUUGUGUUGAUUAUUUAAUAUUUCUAAGAGCUACCUGCAAAAUUUCAUCUUGGGAUUUCAAUGGGAUCACAUUAUUUACAUUGUACAGACAUGUCUGCCUUACUGGGUUCUAUUUAGGAUAAUCCUAUUUAGGAUUUUCUUGGAGUAAAAUAUAACAGAAUAAACAACACUUCAAACUAUAAUAUCAUUUGCAGGCAUUUCUUUGAAAAGUUAUUCAGUUAAAAGGUACCUGAAAAGCUAGUCAGGCUUUUCUUUUAAAAAUGUGUUCCAAAGCUGAGUGAUAACUUGCUGUUGCAUGAUAGAAAUAACGCAUUGAAAAAAUUCUUGUUAGUACUUCAUUUUGUGAACAUUAGAACAAAAUGCAUAUCACUGACUUCAAAAUAGUAAGAUCUGUGAAAAGCGCUUUACUGUUCAGACAUCAUGCAGAGCUACUGUUUGUGCUGUCCAUAGUUUAAAACUGCAUGGUUUUGUGCAGUCACCUCCAGAGGCAGUUCAAAACCAUGCCUGUGAUUUGUGAACAUUAGAACAAAAUGCAUAUCACUGACUUCAAAAUAGUAAGAUCCCUUAACCGUACUUUAUGUAUUCUUAGCCGUUUGGUAUUACACCUGAUGAUUAAAACAGAAACAAGUUUCUUCUCUAAUUGAAACUUUAUUUAUCUUAGAUGAUUCCAGCUCUAGUGUCCUGAAUGCAGAAAACCAACCUAACAUGCAAGAUAGUAGUAGUAAAGACAACAGCUGUCUGCAUUCCAGCCUCAAUCUUGUGAUGGAAGAUGCUUUACCUGAUAAUGUAUCUGGCUCAUCCUCGCAGCUUCUUGACAUGGCUACAAAUGAUACGAAAGAUACUCUUCCUUGGAACCCACUUGAAAAGAGCUCUCCUGAGAAACCGAAGAGCUGCUAUUUCCCAAGUGUUGAGGAUUUUGAGUCUAAAGCACCUGGAAACAAUCCCAGUGUUCCUAGAGAUAAUGUGAACAAACUGCCUCCUUGGACAGUAAAUGACUCUGAACUCCUAGAUAAUUUACAGUGUUCUAUAGAGGAAUCUUUCAGGAGUGUAACCAGAAGUAAUAAAAAAAGGGUGAGACGUAGCAUGAGACUGCUUAAAGAUGCGGAAAAUGAUGGGCUUGCCUGGAUUCAGAUGCCUGAUGAUAAUGUCCUAGGCCAAGCUGUCCUGGGUUCUGCUGGCAAAGCCCGGAAACGAAAGUCCGCCUCCCGUUGUCCAGAAGUGGAGCCACUUCAUCCAAAGCAAGGGACUAGGGACCAAAUGCUCUUGCCAAUGAAGGAAGGGCAGAAGAAAACCCAUGUUGCAAUGGGCCCUUCUGAAUCCAGGAGGAAGAGCAUCAGUGUGCCGAGUCUUGAAGAAAACCAAAAUGCCACCUUGCACAACCAGAGAAACAGAAGAAGAAGCCUUGGCUACAAAAGUGAUCGCUGCUACCAAAAGGAUCUCAUAAAUCAGAAAAUUAUUUGAGAGUCAAACUAAAGUGCCUUUAGAAAGGUGAACAUUUAUGAUUUCACUUCAGUGAAUAUAAGCUAAAACAGUGUUUAUAUGUGCUGGUUGAUUUACAUCAGUGGUUCCCAAACUUUUCCCCCAUGGACCACUUGAAAACUGCUGAUGGUCUUCGUGGACCACUUACCAAUUUUUCUGCAAGUUGUAGCAAUUCUAAUGCACUAUGCUAGAUGCUAUGUUAUAUUUAAUUGUAUUUUUUCUUGCUUUUAUUUUUUAUAGUGCAUUACAAAUAGCGUUCCAUAGAAUUCAAAUUAUAAUGUGAUAAAUUACUAUAAAUGAACCUAAUACAAAUACAAUUAAAAAACAACAUGAGAGAGAACUUUGAGGGAGGUGGGUUGAUGUAAAAACAAAAAUAGGGAAAUUCAAAUGAUGGAGGUUCUUUUCAGAAGUAAUUGGAAAUAUAAAGAUAUGGUUCAUGACAGCAUAAAGCUCAUAAACUUCACCCACUGUUGGCUUUUGGAGUCCCUAAAUUUCGGACUGCACACUGGAGCACAGCCAGAAAGCUGACCUCCUUGGCUAGUGAUGGUAGACGAUGAUGGAAGCGUUGAAACCAACAUAGUUUCAUUUAUGACAUUUACUGUGCAAUCCUAUGCAUGUUUACUCCUGCUGAGCUUACUGCCAAGCAUUAGUGGACUAGGCUAAGAAGGCAUUGGGAGGGCUAGUGAACUUAAGCUUCAUUGUAUUUACAAUCCAAAUCUUUAUUAUGGUCAUCAACCAGCAUAAAAGGGUGGGAUACAGUCAUUUAAAAUCUGAAAAGUGUUUUGGAAAGGUAAAAGGUAUUAAAACAGAAGGUGAAUAUAAAAGUCUAGAGGAAUUUAGAAGCAGCUAAAAGAAACUAAAAAGGGAUAGGAGCAUUGGGCGGGUGUGGAAGAGCAUAAAAAGGUUGAUAUAUAAAAGAUUUUAGUUGCCACUUCCUAUUUCCACAUGGAUUGAAAAUCAUCGUUCAUAGUUAGUGGGGCAAGGCCACGGGAAAAUAAAGAUAGUUUAAGCCAAUAAUUGAGUCUGGUCUCCCACACUCUAGCCUCCACUUUUGUGAAGCCUGUCUCUAGUCUCAGAGUAGCAUUAGAGACCCAUUUUGGGACUUGAAGGACUGACCUUAGAAAUUUGGAUUGCACAAGUUGUAGUGGUGCAGAAUUGGAAAAGGGACCCAACUGGGCACCAUAGAGAAGUUGUGCUAAUGGCUCGGCUUCAAAUAAUUUAAGUGCUGCUGGUAUAUAAUGACACCUCUUGUUUUUUAAAAAAAUAAGAAUUUCUGAUGAGCUUCUCUGAGCAAUUUCAGCAGCAAGCAUAGUCCCCAGAAUGGAAGACUAUCCCCCCCCCCCCCAGGUAUUUGAAGCAGGAGACCUGCUCAAUCUUGUGGCCAUCUAUGCUUCAGGAGCGGCUCCUAGGCCUUUUGGCAAAUGGCUGCAGUAGUUACCGGAAGGAGGUGUACAAUAUGCCAUCCAACUGUCUUAGGGGCUCCGCUCCAGAUUUGUGUAGAGUUUAACUCCUGUCUUUUCCCAAAGAUUUUCCCCUCUACAGCACGUGCCGUAACCACUUUAACUGCUGGACCCAUUACUGGUCUGAUAAAAGGAAAUUGGGUGAUAACAAAUCGAUCAUGUUUAACCUGUCCUCUAACCACAUUCCUAUGUUUUGUUAAAUACUCAGAGAACACUAUAUCCCAUUUUGGAUGGAUCUUUCCUAAGGCACACUCGCACAAUAGAUAUAAAAGAGUCCCAUGCUCACCAAGUGGGAAAGCUUUCCAUUGCCAUCUAAAUAAAACCUUAAGUGUGGCCUCUUGAAUUCAAACAGAUACUGACUUCACAGGAAGUUUCUUCCAAACCUUGCUCCAUUCAUAAUCUGAUCUCUCCAGACAUACUCUUGGUUAUCCAGACGUAAUUACAGUGCUCUCCAAGCAGUAUUUGUGCUGUCAGCGAAUAGCUCUGCAAAUACCUUCACUUUUACCAGGAGUGCUGAUGUCCAGUCCUUCAUAAGGACCCUCUGCUUGUCAGUUUCAUCAUUGUCUAGGAGUGCGUUAGUCAGUUUUGUGCCUUUUGCCUUAUUGGUUUUUGUGGCAACAUCUGACAGCUCAAGAGAGAAUAGGUCCUUGUAACCCCUGCUAGCCAAGGAUAACAAGAAAGCUGAGAAGACUCAGAGCAUGCUAUAUAGUUGAAUCCUAUUGCCCUUUCUAAUGGCUUGACUCCUUGGUUUUUUCAAAAUUUCAUUCCGUAUAUUUUAUUCUUCUGUAGCAUUUUUAAACUUUUAAAUGGGCAUCAUGUUUCUUUCUAGAAACAAAGUAAUGAUAAUGUAUCACAUUUUCUCUUUUCAGAGACCGUAUCCUGUGUGUAUCAGAAGAGGGCAGUAUGGCAUAACUUACAAAUGAGCAUAUUUUAUAAGGUUGCCUUUUGUUUUGUGUACUAUAUAGCUCGAUCUUUAAGACACGUCAGAAACAUUUUAAAAAAUAAAAUGCUAUGGGCCUGAUCCAUUUUAAACUAGUAUUCACUUUAGUUCUUUUAAAAUUAAUGGAAAUUAGUUGUAACUAAUUUGCUACAUUGUCUAAUCCAACCAGUUUGAAGUCUGUUCAAGCCCCUUUGGUUUCCAUGGGAGAAAUAUAAGUACAUGGUUUAAUUCACUCUGUCACUAUUUCAUGUAGUUUCCAUGGAACAGUGUCACAGUUCUUGUUCUUCCCAUGUGGUCUUGUACAGAUGCUUCUCAUUUUCCAUACAUGAACCUGACAAAGUUAUUUCUGUGUGGAGGAUUGUAUUUUGCUAUAGAUUGGAAUUUGUUGUGAAAUAGAAUGAAAUGCUUCAAAAUAUUAAGAAUUCUUUAUUGUGCUGUUGUGUGUGUUUUUACCUAUGCAUAGGAGUGUCUCUUCUUGUAUUGUACAUUAUUAUUACAUUAAGAAUAUAAACCUAUAUAAGCUUAAUUUUUUUACUUUAAAAGGCUUAGUAGAAAUUGAUUCUUGUUCGCAAACAUGAAGUAGAAAAAUGUCCACCUGAAAUGAUUUUAUUAUGUUUAAGUGUGCAACAAAUUUUUGUAGAAGUAAAGUUUUUAUUUUCAUAAUGUGUCAUUAAAAUACAUUGGAACCUC